UGACCAGACAAAACUUUUCUGCUUUAUCAACUACCAUCUUAACCAACGGAUUUAUCUGCUCUGGUCUGCCCUACCGCGGGAGACUAAUGGCCGUGGCAACGGCAGCUCUGGCGAAACUGCAAGCGGCGAGAGGGGCCCGAGAUGAAGUGUAUGUGGCGGCAGUGGCGCUGAGGGCCACGAGGGGCCCUGCCCAAAUGGCAAUGUCCGUGGCUUACUCCCUCAAUCUCUGGGGUUUGCAGCACUUCAUGGUUCUCAUCAGACCCUCAUCCUCAUCAGCGCCUCCUCCGCAGAUUUAUGUAUUCGAUUUUCAACCGACUGAACCCGAGAACAUAUAUGUCGCGCUAGCUGCGCUGUCUGGUAGAUCUAUAGCAGGUUCUGUUCUGAGGAGGAAAUUGAAGAGGCUACCAAAGGAGAGAUGCUGGCUGGUCGGAUCAUCUGGAGCAGAUGCCGUAGAAGCCUCACUGAAAUUCAACGAGAGCUGGAAAACUGAUCUUAGGAUCGGACACCAUGAUUGCCGAGAUUACACCAAUGCAUUAGUGGAGUACCUUACCGGAGAGAGAAACGUGCUAGAGCGCCUCAGAAGCAGCACCGUGAAAUAAUUGAUGAGCAAACAAAGUUUUGGAAACAAGCCGAUGAAAAGCAACACCGCAAUGUUGGAUCUUGUCAAGAACCAACACUGUGUUUGGGGGAGCGCGGCGAAUUCUUCCCGGGGAUCGAAUCACGGGAUGCGUGAAAGAUGUUUGGGACCAUGUUACUCGAUUAGUUUCUUAAUUAGUAACUUAUCUUUUUUGCUGUUCUGUCACCUUUAGGCUUUAUUUGUUUUAUGGUAGGUGCUUCAUGGCACAGAUUAGAUUACCAAAUAAUUUGGACUAUUUAAUGGGGGGUUUGUUCGGAUUGGGUUAGGUACAUUUCCAAAUCUAUUUAUUUAUUAUGCAUAAAAAAAAAUUGAAAGGAAAAUGAAAAAUCUGCCGAGCAAGCAUUUUGUAGA